AUGAAGUUUAGUAUCUACGACCCGAAGACGUACGAUGUUCCGCGCAGUCAGCAAGCGGUUGCUCAAAAGCUGCACCACUGCCGACGGGUGCAGGCGGAGAUAAGACUGAACCAUUCCUCAGGGUAUCUCCGAAGUGUCGAGAAGCGUCAAAACCUGCCAGCAUUUCGCUUGCAGUCCUUGUUUCUUGAGGCAUGUGCCACCUUUGAUGUCGUGGUUCUAUGCGGUGAGACUGGGUCAGGGAAAACAACGCAACUGCCGCAACUACUCAUUUAA